AUGAAUAAUCAUAGUACUUAAUUUGAGAUUUUACCAAAACUGAUUACUAAUCAACACAAGUUGCUAGAUCCGAUGUAUAUACGAAAUACUCAACAGCGAAAUUCUUAGUAUCUAAUUACAUAUAAUAGUUGCAGAAACGAAUCCAAAAUCUUGCCUCACAUACAAAGGAGAUCCAUGAUGUAGGGUAACUCCAAGCAAAUGGUAGUUUAAAGGUUUAUGUACAGCUUCGAUUACAACACAAGACAUUUUGGAACAACUUGUGAUAGGGGUUUUCAGGGAUUAUCCAGUUAUCAUCUGUCCUAAAAAUUUGGACAUCUAGGUACAAGAUUGUAGCCAUUGGAGAAGAACAUAGUGGCUGAUAUGACUGAUGGUGAAGAUGUGGAAGAAAUCAAAAAAGAUGAGAGAUUGUUUUAUAAGAAAAUAUACAAAUAUCAUUAAAUGCCUGUUUUGGCAUUGAUAAAAUCUUUUGAAAUAGAAUGGAUUAAAGAGAAAGAUGCCUAAGUCAAUAGGAAAGUAUCAAAGAGUCUGAUUCUAAAUUUUCAAACAACACUUUAGAUAUUAAAUACUCAUCAAGAUUUCAUAGAUUUUUUUAUGAAAAAUUUAUAACUGUUAGAAUUGAAUACAGUAGCCUUAAAGCAGAAAGGAUUGCAUUAAUUAAAAGAAAAAGUGGACAAAUUUUCAAGUCAAGAAUUUCCAUCCCCUUAUCUAAUUAUAUCCAAUCAGACAGGCCAUGGAUUUUUUAAGAUUCACUUUCCAAUUAUUGAAAUUUAUUUUUAAGAGUACUAAUAUGUCGAAACUAUUAAAUUAUCCCCUAUGAAAUUAUAUGAGUUGGUUAAUAAUAACUUCUUUUAAGUAAGUGAAAUAGUUCAAGAGAUGAAUGUUGACCUUUCAGUCCUCAAAUAAAAUCUACUUAUUUAAUAAACAGAAAGUAAAAGUAAAGUACAGGAAUAAAUUGAAGAGAAAGUAAAACCUGAGGUAUAAGUAUCUGAUUAACCUUAAACAUAAACCCAACCUAUAAUAGAAACCUAAUAAAAACUUGUGACUACUAAAUCAAACAACUCCGAUUUUGGAUUAAUUAUUAAUGAAAAAAUAAGUGAAUUCCCUGAUAAGAUUUUGCAUAAAAGAAUGAUUAAAGGUAUUGUCUAAAAGGAUGAGAAAAAUUUCUUCUGUGUAGAUUUUCUACCACUCUAAUUUAUCAUCAAGGAAAAGGUUUCUUAGAAAACUGUUAAAUUGUAUUCUCCGACCUUCCAAGAAUUUAAUGACUUUCUAACUUAAUUAGGAUAAAAGCAUAUGAAAUAAGUAAUAGAUGAGUGUUUGAUUACUUAAUUUGAUCUUCAGCCAGAAGACUUUGAUUAUAAGGAGUUUAAGAAGGGAACUAAGAUCAGUCUAAGUUUUCCAACAGUUUCGGAAUUAAACUUGGAAAUAACUGAGGAACAUCUUAAUAAUGGAUUGUUAUCGGUGUUUGUAAAAGAGAUAGAGAUAAACAACAAGGAUUUACAGAUUAUGGUGGAGCCUUGCACUUUUGGGAUAUAUAAUCAAUUAACUUGUAUGACUGAGAAGAGAAACUGUACAUCGAAAGAAUUAACUAGUAUUUUGCAGAAAAAAUAUUAAGUAAAAUUUUAACUUGUUUGA